AUGGAUACGCUUCACCCGAGAGCCGAUUGGGAAAGUGUCGGGGACAGGUGGUUCCGCAAAACACAGCAGUAUACAGCUGUAUUCGACCAAGAUCUCGACUUGGAUAAUUAUGUCGUUGCUGGAGCUCCAUAUGCAGGAGCAUUAGCACUGUGGCGCGACGACACAAAGCUCCUAGCAUACCAACCGGGGCGGUCAGCCAAACCAGCAAUCGACAUUUACAGUCUUGCUGGAAAGAAGUUGCGCAGCAUUCCCUGGGACAAUGGCACCAUCAAAGGACUCGGAUGGUCAGAGGACGAGACUUUACUAGUUGUUACUGCCGAUGGUAAUGUUCGUUGUUAUGAUUUGCAAGGAGAAUUCACACAGUUCUCUCUCGGCCAUGGCGCCGACAACUAUAGUGUUGAAUCGUGCCGCUUCUAUGACCAUGGCAUGGUCGCACUCCUGGGAAAUAACACCCUUAUAACAGUGUCAUCCUACACCGAGCCUAGACCCAAGGCUCUCGCGCAGACACCAGAGGGUGAAAUCAAUGCAUGGUCAAUUAUCUCACCAACCCACACAUUAUCGAGGUCUGUUGAGGUGUUACUGGGUGUCGGCAAGACGGUCUACGUCGUUGAUGCCACAGAUUGCGAAGAUCGCUUUCUCGACAUUGGGCCCUUCAGUCAUAUCAGUGUCUCUCCAGAUGGACGCUAUGUGAACCUUUAUGCUGCGAACGGCAAGGCUCAUGUUAUUUCGAGUGAUUUCCAGGAGCGAUUAUUUGAACACGACUCAAAUUCUCAGACGCCCCCUCUAUACGUCGAAUGGUGUGGUUCCGAUGCCCUUAUUGCUUGGGAGGAUGAAGUGCACAUUAUUGGACCCGGCGAUUCUUCCUCGUCAUAUAUCUACGACAGCACACGAGUGCAUGUCGUUUCCGAGCACGAUGGUGCCCGCUUAAUUACGAAUGACUUUUGCGAGUUCUUGGAGAGAGUGCCACGAGACGCUCUCGAAGUCUUUGGCCAGUCGUCAGAUUCAUCCCCAGCUUCGAUCUUGCUUGACGCCGUGGGCCAGCUAGAAGUUCAGUCUCCCAAAGCUGAUGAUUAUAUCCAAUUAAUACGACCUAACCUUACAGGGGCUGUGGACACUUGCGUCAACGCGGCUGGACGCGAGUAUGAUACGCACUGGCAGAAACGUCUGCUCAAGGCUGCCUCGUUUGGAAAGUCUGUGCUUGAUAUUUACAACAGCGACGAAUUUGUUGACAUGUGCGAGACUUUGCGUGUACUGAACGCUGUCAGGUAUUACGAAGUUGGAAUGCCUCUGUCGUUUGAGCAGUACCAUCGAUUGACUCCAGAGGCUCUUAUACGGCGACUUCUCAACCGACAUGAGUACCUUCUCGCCUUGAAGAUUGCCGGUUAUCUCAAGCUACCCACAGAUCGUAUCUAUGUGCACUGGGCGUCGAGCAAGGUCCGCGUGGGAGGCGAGGACGAUGAUACUAUCUGCCGUUUAAUCGUGGAGAGACUGUCUGGCAAGCCUGGAAUAUCAUUCGAGGAGAUUGCUCGCGCAGCGUAUCAGGAAGGAAAAGGGCGACUUGCCACGGAGCUUCUUAACCAUGAGCCUCGUGGUGGUAAACAAGUUCCGCUUCUUCUUAGCAUGGAGGAGGAUGAACUUGCUCUUGACAAGGCGGUAGAGAGUGGCGACACAGACCUCAUACUCUCAGUUCUGUUGCAACUAAGGAAAAAGCUUCCUCUUGCUGCAUUCUUCAGAGUCAUCAACGCACGACCUGCGGCAACAGCCCUGGUGGAAGCUUUGGCUAUGGAGGAAGGUGAUAACACGCUGCUCAAAGACCUUUACUACCAAGACGACCGACGAACAGAUGGUGCUAAUAUCUUUAUUCGAGAGUCACUCAAGCAGCCCGACGCUCGCACAUCAUCUGACAAGUUGACUCUGGCAGCAAAACUAUUGGCUGAUUCGAAGGAGUCUUCAUUUGAGGUUCACGCCUUGAAGGAGGCCACCACUUUGCUUCGUAUGCAAGAAGCCUUUGACCGGGAUCUAACAGACACGUUUACGGGACUAAGCGUUAACGAAACCAUGUUUAAGCUUAUUCGGCUGGGCUACCACGGGCGGGCUAAGAAGAUCCAAAGCGAGUUCAAAGUCCCUGAGAAAGUGGCGUGGUGGAUUCGAUUACGAGCACUAGUAGCCAAGCGAGACUGGAACGAGAUCGAGGAGAUCUCCAAGACGAGAAAGAGCCCCAUUGGUUGGGAGCCCUUCUUCAACCUCACUCUCCAAGCAGGCAACCCAAGGUUGGCAUCAGUCUUUGUACCCAAAUGCACGGGAAUAGAAGCUGGCGAGACGAUCACUAUGUACGAGAAGUGUGGGAUGCGUGUAAAGGCAGCGCAAGAAGCUGUGAGACUCAAGGAUAGCGAGUCGUGGGCAAGGCUUCUUGAAGAUGCAGGAAAGGGGUCGCAGGAGGGUAGAGAGAUUGAGCGGUUAGGGCAGACGGCCUUCAAGAAGUAG